GAAUUUGACGGCAAUACUGUUCUGUGCCGUGUUUGCGGGGACCGUGCCAGCGGAUUCCACUACGGGGUGCAUGCUUGUGAGGGAUGUAAGGGUUUCUUCAGAAGAAGCAUCCAACAGAAAAUACAAUAUCGUCCUUGCCUGAAGAACCAGCAUUGUCUUAUAACAAGAGUUAACAGAAACAGAUGCCAAUAUUGCAGGUUAAAAAAAUGUAUAUCGAUCGGGAUGUCGAGAGAUGCUGUAAGGUUUGGAAGAGUUCCGAAACGGGAAAAAGCCAAGAUAUUAGAGCAGAUGCAUAAAGUUAAUUUGCAGUGCAGGGAAAUGUCUACAACUGACACUAUUCUAUCUGAUGGUAAAGAAUUCAGACGAUUGAUCGUUGAAGCACACGAACAGACUUGUCGUUUCACCAAAGAAAAAUUGUCAAAAUUUAUUGAAGAUUCAAGAUCGAAAGCCUAUUUUGUUAACUGCUCGUCACUUAUGGCUUGUCCUCUGAACCCUAACCCAGAAUUUGAACAUUCGACAGCUGAUCGUUGGAAUCAAUAUUCAAAUGGAUUCAUGCCCGCUAUACACAACGUUGUUACUUUUGCUAAACUUAUUCCUGGCUUCUCUUCGCUUUCUCAGUCUGAUCAAGUAAUUUUACUAAAAGCAGGAACGUUUGAGCUUCUCCUUCUACAACUCUCCAGUCUUUUUGAAUCCAAAUCGGACCUCAUGUAUUUUGUAAAUGGCAAGAUAUUCAAGAGGAGUUCGCUGUCUUCAAUCACAGGGUCAGGGUACCUUUUGGACUCAAUUUUUGAUUUUGCUGAAAGAUUGUGUUCGUUAGAAUUAACCGAUGCUCAUAUGGCACUAUUCUCCGCUUAUAUUCUUCUGUCUCAUGAUAGGCCUGGUCUUAACAAUGUUGGUCUUGUGGAACAGGUUCAAUUGUCAGUUGGUCAAUUGUUGAAAAGUGAACUGAACAGCACUUACUUAUUUGAUAAAUUGUUAUCAAUAAUACCUGAAAUGAGAUUACUCAAUACCGUUCACUCUGAAAAGCUGCUCGGUUUGAAAAUGUUUACAAUUUUCUCUUUAAAUAUAUAA